CGAGGAGCGUGCGGACGCGCGGCUGCCUGCGCUUCGCCGGCGAUCGGGGAACCCCGGGAGGAGCGGGGCGAGCGGGAGGCGCGCGGCUCAGCCAUGGGCGCCGGGAGCUCCGCGGAGCAGCGCAGCCCGGACGCGCCGGAGACGGCGGCUGGGAGCCCCGACCCGGCCGCGCCCCAGCCCAGCGGCGGGGACGGCCCUGCGGCGGAGGCGGCCCCGGGAGACGCGGCCCCGGACCCCGCGGACCUCGCCAGCAAGCUACCACAGAAGAAUGGUCAGCUGUCCACUGUCAACAGCUUGGCUGAGCAGGAAGAGACCAGCCUGCAGGAUGGAGCUGUGAAUGGCCAGAAGGAAGCCGCCAUUAUUACAGAUGUUGGACAGAGAGAGGCUGAGGAUGCGAAUGAGAGAAACCCCGAGCGAGAGAUGGCUAUGAAACCCUCAGUGGCUGACGGGCCGGAGGAGCUCCCCGAGAUCAUUGACCCGCUCCCCACUUCCGAGAGCAACUUAGAAGAGCUGGCCCAGCCCCCCGAGUCACAGAGCACCGACGUGGGGUUUAAGAAGGUGUUCAAGUUCGUGGGUCUCAAAUUCACCGUGAAGAAGGAGAAGAACGAGAAGUCGGACAAUGUCCAGCUGGUCACUGUCAAGAAAGAUGAAGGCGAAGGAGCCGGAGACCACCAGGAGCCAGGCAGAGAGGAGGGGGAAACAGCCCCUCAAGAAAGUGAACUGAAACAAUCCACAGAGUUGCCCGAGGAGACCCAGAAGGAAGUCCAGAAGGAAGCCGCCCAGAGCACCCCAGACCCGGCCCCACCCGCCGAGCCAGCACCUGCACCCAAGCCGGCUGCCGAGCCUGGCCAAGAAGACCAAGAGGAAAGGCAAGAACAAGAGCCAGGCCGGGUCCCCGAACCGGCCAGCAGCCCACCGCCCAGCGACACCUCCUCACCCUUUAAGAAGUUCUUCUCACAGGGCUGGGCAGGCUGGAGGAAAAAGACCAGUUUCAGGAAGACCAAGGAGGAGCUGCUGGACACGUCAGAGAAGAAAAGAGAGCCAGAAACAGAGAAGGGCGAAGCCGAAGACAAGAAGCUGUUACAGGAGGACACCUCCACACAAGAGCCUGCCCAGGAGGGCGCCCCGCCGUCCAAAGCUGAGGCCCGGUUAUCGGCCGAGUAUGAGAAGGUGGAGCUGCCUCUGGAAGAUGGGGCACUGGGGUCCCCCAAAGAGAGAGCUGCCCCGCUCGCCUCAGAAGUGUUUGAUGAGAAGGUGGAGACGGUGGCCCAGGUUCAUGUGGGCCCGUCUGAGAAGACGCCAGAGGAGCACACGGAGGAGUCGCUGGAGCCCUCGGUGCCGGAGAGGCCUCUUGACAGCCACGCAGAGCCUCAGGAGGCCCCCAAGGAGCCCGUGACACCCCCAGAGCCCAGCAAGGCCGAGCAGGAGACCCUCGCCAAGCCCACAGAGCUCAGGCCCGAGGGCAGAACCCCGGCAGCCGGCCCCCCUGAAGGCAUUGUGAGUGAGGCGGAUGCUCUGGCUGCCCAGGAGAGGAGUAAGAUGCAAGGCAGCCCCCUGAAGAAGCUCUUCACCAGCUCAGGCUUGAAGAAGCUAUCGGGAAAGAAGCAGAAGGGGAAAAGGGGUUGUGGGGACGAGGAGGCGGGGGACCAGCUCCCAGCGGCUGCCCCUGACUCCCCGGACAGCACCGAGGAGCCCAGAGGCGAGAGUUCGGCAUCAUCCCCCGAGGACCCCGAAGGCCCCGCUGGGGAUCUGGCGGCCGCUACAGUGGAUGCAGAAGAAGGUGGCGUGUCUGACGGCGAGAAGGCCGUGAAGCGAGAGGGCGUGACGCCCUGGGCCUCCUUCAAGAAGAUGGUGACGCCCAAGAAGCGUGUGCGGCGGCCGUCAGAGAGUGACCGUGAGGAGGAGCCGGAGAAGGGCAAAAGCGCCACCUUGUCCUCCACUGAGAGCGCCGCGUCCGAGGCCCCCGAUGAGGAGCCUAAGCGCAAAGUGGACUCCUCCGUGUCUUGGGAAGCCCUGAUUUGUGUGGGCUCGUCCAAGAAGAGGGCCAGGAAGGCCUCGUCGUCCGAUGACGAAGGGGCGCCCAAAGCCAUGGCCGGGGAUGGCCCUAAGCCCGAGGAAGCGGCCAGUGAUGACCGAGAGCCCACGACGGCGACAGCCACUUCUGUCCCUGCUGCUGCCCCAGAUCCCGACCACGCGGGUGCCACCAACCCCGGCCAGGGCAGCUCCUCCCCCGAGCAAGCCAGCAGUCCCACCGACGGUGAUGGCGUGUCCACCUGGGAGUCCUUCAAAAGGCUGGUCACCACAAGGAAGAAGUCCAGGACGAGGCUGGAGGAGAAGAACGAAGACUUAGCCGCCUCUGGGCCAGAGCGGGGAGCCUCAGAGACCGACAUGGCCAAGGAGGAAUCCUGGGUGUCCAUCAGGAAGCUGAUUCCUGGGCGCAAGAAGAAAAGGGCGGAUGGGAAGCCGGAGCCGGCCACAGGCCCCGCUGACGCCGCAGAUGAUGAUUCAGAUGUCCCUGCCGUGGUUCCCCUCUCGGAGUAUGAUGCAGUGGAGAGGGAGAAGCUGGAGGCGCAGCAGCAAGGCCGAGCCAGCGAGGUGCCGCCGGGGCCCCCCACAGCCGUGGACGUGCCCGAAGAACUCAGCCAGACGCUGGUCCACACGGUGGUGAUGGACGUGGUGGACGGAGCCCGGGCGGUGGCCUCGGCCUCGGAAGAGCGAGCGCCGUCGUGGAUAUCCGCGUCUGUGUCGGAGCCACUGGAAUCCACAGAGGAUGACCUUCAGGUGCAAACCAGGGUGGUGCUGGCGAGUGAGAUGCCCCCUGAGGAAGACACCACCGCUGCCCCCCUGCCCGACAGCCAGGACACCAGUGAGGGUGAAGGGGCUUCAGAAGCCGUGACUGCAGCAGAGCCCACGGAAGCCACAGAAGUCUCAGGUGCCGAGGAGACCACGGAGAUGGUUUCGGCUGUGUCCCAGCUCGGCGACUCUCCCUGCACCACGGAAGAAGCCACUCCAGUGCAGGAGGCUGAGGGUGGCCUCCCAGACCAAGCGGAACUGGAGCAGCGAACGAAGGAGGUUCUGCAGGCCGUGGCAGCCAUGGUGGGAGAGGAUGAGCUGAAGCAGGUGACCCCCUUGCAGGAGCUGAGGAAACAGGAGCCAGAGGAGGGACCGCAGCUCCCCACACCUGGGGUUGGGGCUGUCCCAGCUUCCCCAGAGCAGGCUGAGCUCAUUGAGCCGGUGCCUGACAGCCAAGCGGGAGCCAUGGAGAAGCCACAGCCGGGCCAGGCCUCUGCCCCUGACUCGGCAGACACCCUCACAGACAGCGAGACCAACAGCAGCACCCCGGUUGCAGACACAGAAGGUCUUGGGGCUCUUGACAAGGUCGUGGGCAUGCGGGAAGCCCAGAAUGAAGAAGCUGUGGGUGUCGCCACCCCUCCUAAAGAGAUGCCACCUACCCCCUCUGGUUACCAGCUCCAGGAGGAAGUUUUGGAACAAUCCACUGCAGCUGAGGCUCUCAUAGAGGCAGAGAAAGCGGUGCCCGUGGAAACUGCCCCUCAUUUCCCUGAUGUGGUGGGGCAUCAGGUUGCUGGUGAGCCCAGGGCAGAGGAAGCCAGGGAUGAGCCAGAUGCAGGUAGUCUCACGCUUCCACAGGAUGAAGAUGGAUCCUUCAAGCAGGAGGAGAGUGAGCCUGUGCCGGCCUUGGCUUCUUUGGCAUGUGGGGAGGAAACGAAGGCCAUACCAGCACCAGUGCAAGAAGAGCAGCUGGCACCAGGCACCCCGGUUCCCCUGGGAGCAGAGCCCGGUCAGGCUGCAGAAACCCCCGAGCAAAGCUCCGAGUCAGCGCUGGUGCCCGCCACGGCAGAGGAAGUGGAGGGUCAGAUCUCAAAAGGCGCCGUCGAGAGUUCAGAGUCCAAGGAGAAGGGGGCAGCUGCGGUGGAGCUGCUUGGAGCAGAUGUGCAGCCAGCAGUGGCCCUUCCUGUCGCAGAGUCUGUUGCAGCUGACAAAGUCAUCAGCGACCUUGAGGAAGGAAAUCAAGGCCCUGUCCAGGCCAGGAAGCCCAAGGAAGGCCCAGAGAGCAUGGUCAGCCAGGAAGAGAGUCUGGCCCUUUUGGCAGAGGGCCAGCACUUGGUGCAGAGCGUCCUUCAGACAGCCGUGGAGCUCCUAGAAGCAGCCCCUGAUGCCCCACCUCAGCGCAGCCAGGCGGCCAUGGAGAAAGAAAUCAGCCCUCAGGCUUCUGCACAGCAAGAAUCCUCAGGGGAGCCAUGCCAGGAGCAGACGCACCCAGAUAUUUCCCAAGAUGGGAGGGAAGCUCCAGAGAAAGGCCCUGUCAUGGAUGAGGCCAGCUCUAGAGUCGAGCAGCCUUUGGAAGAGCACGACCUCCAAGCCCAGGGCAAGAGAGAAGAUCCUGAAAUCAAGGCAAGUGCAGGGCUGGGAGAAGGGCCCGAAGAGAUGCGCACUGAUGGCCAGCUCGGGGGUGAUGCCCAAGGUCCCCAGCACCAGAACCCAGCCCAGAGAGAGCCUGAGACGGAGGUGGAAGAAGGCUCCCUCAGAGCAUCCCCCGAUACCAAUGGACCAAAACUCCCCAAGAAGGAAGAGGCGCAGGAGGCAGAAUUCCAGGAAGGAAGCAUACAGAGAGAUCCCAGGAACGAGCACCAGGCACAGAGGCAGGAGGCUGCAGAGGAGCUAGGGAGGCCAGAACGUGCAGAAUCCUAAAGAUGCAGGUCACCAUCGGCUGCAGGACCCAAACUGUGAAGUUGAGCUGCGGGACAACUUGCAAGCUGCCAGUGCGGCCACCGAAGACCCGCCCCUCAGAACUCGGGGCUGCAAGAAGGGGCAACCCAACAGCUGUCGUUUUUGAAGAAGCCCCGACAAUCCUGAGGCUGCUUCAGGAGCUCUAGCCAUGUACCAUUCCCCCUUCCUCAGACUGAUCAUCUUCCCCUCCUGAUCGCAUAGAAUGUUUUCAACUUAAGGCUCUGAAAUACUUUCUGGGAACUGGUGUUGGCAAUAACCUAGUUCUGCUUCUUAAACUGGAUGAUCAGCCUCUUCAUAUUUAUAUGUAUGUUUAAGUUCUCCUUCCUGUAUCUGUUGUAUAUUGUUCUCCUUACAGUCUAAGGACAUGCACAGUGCGGUGCAUUUCUGGGCUGGCUAUAACCCUAUAGUAUCCGACAUGGUGCAGAACCAUGGCAAAGCCAGGGGAGAGUCCGUUGUGCCCGGCAGAAACAGAUUCUGAGAAAUCACAUUCCACAUCACCAGAGCGAUUUGCAGCUUCAUUCUCACUGGGGGAUUAGACCUGCUUCCAGCAUUACUCUCAUGCGGUAUUUUAAGAAUAAAACGCUCUUUUACUUCCUCUUUGGGAGACCCACAGAAUGUUCUGAUAGUUACUGUGAAAUGUUUUCUUUCCAGAGCAAUGGAAGGGUUUUGUUUUUGGUUUAUGUUUUGUUUUGUUUUUCAGUAGCAUUAGCUUAAAUCUUUUCUUCUUGCUGUGAAGACUGUUUGGAUAGAUGAGGGAACCUGUCUGAGAGGCCUAGAGUUGUCGAGCAUUGUGUCGUGGUCUUCAACAGAAUGAUCCAGUUUUCACGUUUUUGAUUCUCUUCCAGGCCACACACAUCCAUUCACAGCACGGAAGCAGUCAGGUUUUUGUGAAGGGUAUUUGAGUAUUUGCCACAUGCCCAACUCCUCUUCUUUAAAACAAUGUUUACGUUAUGUUCCGUUGGGUACAUUGUGAUUUGACCAUUAGUCUCAAUAAAAUAUUUGCUUCACUUA